AUGAAGGAGCAUCCUUUCAAGUUCCUUCACAAAAAUUUUCAUGGCAGGCACCAGGGAAGCAAAAUGGGGCACUACACUCCCAUUCUCGCCCUUGCUAUUCGUCAAAAGGUAUGUAAAAAGCUGGCCACCCCAGCAAUGGCACCAACACCACCCUUGGCUGGACCAACCGUAGGCCGCUUUGCCCCACCCAAAGUCCACAUCUCCAAAAUCCAGCGCGAGUAA